AUGGAGUAUACGUCAUCCCCGAAACCGCAGCUCUCAUCCAGGGCGAACGCUUUCUCCAUAGCCGCCCUGAUGUCCAGUGGGAAGCCCAAUAAGGACAAGGAGACGGAGGAGAACACCAUCAAGCCUCUCGAACAAUUUGUGGAGAAGUCCUCCUGCAACCAGCAGUCUCUGGCUGACCUGUCCUCCCUGGACGGACACGGGGACUUCAGCGGGAGCGCGCCCGCGGUGUGCACGGAGCCGCUCAUCCCCACCAAUCCCGGCAUCCCAAGCGAGGAGAUGGCGAAGAUCUCGUGCAGCUUGGAAACCAAAGAGCUGUGGGAUAAAUUUCACGAGCUCGGCACCGAGAUGAUCAUCACCAAGUCUGGAAGGAGGAUGUUUCCCACCAUCCGGGUCUCUUUCUCCGGGGUGGACCAGGACUCCAAGUACAUCGUGUUGAUGGACAUCGUCCCAGUAGACAACAAGCGGUACCGGUACGCCUACCACCGCUCCUCCUGGCUGGUGGCCGGCAAGGCCGACCCUCCUCUGCCCGCCAGGUUGUACGUCCACCCGGACUCGCCGUUCACUGGAGAGCAGCUCAUGAAGCAAAUGGUUUCCUUCGAGAAAGUCAAACUGACAAACAACGAACUGGACCAGCACGGACACAUCAUCCUCAACUCCAUGCACAAGUACCAGCCGCGGGUCCACAUCAUCAAGAAGAAGGAGCACACCGCCUCGCUGCUCAACCUCAAGUCCGAGGAGUUCCGCACCUUCGUCUUCGUUGAGACCGUCUUCACCGCCGUCACGGCCUAUCAGAACCAGCUGAUCACCAAACUGAAGAUUGACAGCAACCCGUUCGCCAAAGGUUUCCGGGACUCGUCGCGGCUGACAGACAUGGAGAGGGAAAGUGUUGAGAAUCUGAUCCACAAGCACUCGUACGCCCGGUCGCCGAUCCGUACCUACGCUGGCGACGAGGAGAACCUGAGCGAGGACGGACACGCCGCACACACUAGAGGCUCGGCGUUCACCGCCUCAGACAACCUCUCCCUGAGCUCCUGGGUCACCACCGCUUCGGGCUUCUCGGGCUUCCAGCACCCACAGUCCCUGUCUGCCAUGGGCACCGGCGGCGCCUCCCUGCCCCACCCCAUCCAGGGCUCCCUGCCCCCCUACAGCCGACUGGGCAUGCCGCUGACGCCCACCGCUCUGGCUGGAACCAUGCAGGGCAGUGGGCCAUCCUUCCCUUCCUUCCACAUGCCCCGCUACCACCACUACUUCCAGCAGGGGCCCUAUGCCGCCAUCCAGGGACUCCGCCACACCUCCACGGUCAUGACGCCCUUUGUAUGACUCCGUCCUGGGGAGGAGACGGCCGAUCUUCGCUCCGAUCGCUCUGAUCCCCAAUCCGGCGCAACCAGUUAUUUCUCCACUCCGACUCAUCACUCCUCAUCCUGUUUGUAUCUUUCCCCCUGGUCUUUGUAAAUAGUUCACCUGCUGCGAGUGAGGUGAAGAGAAGGUGGCGCACUGAUCCAGAAAAUCCACACAAAAAAAAAAAAAAAAAAAGGACCGCGGCGCCUCCACAGGACCUGCGGACACAUCAGCAGGUCCUAUGGUUUCUAUGAACCCUUUAGUGACAUUGUACAAACACUUACAACCUCAAAACAAACUAUAAAGCCCGACAAGAGGGACGAUACAAGGAGCAUGUUUGGUCUUGGCCCUUGGAGAACAGAAAGUGGAUCCUCAACCUAAACUUAUUUUAACAUUAUUUAGACACCCUCUACAGGUGUAACAGUCCCUACAGGGUCUCCACCGGGGCUUUAAAGACGGCAGGUUGCUGUGUGAUCCACCAGUGCAACCUAAGAUGAGGAUUUUCGGAGAGACUCGUCCGAUGCUACAGUAUGUUGGACACCGAGGCAUAGUCGGAGUCUGUGAACAUUUCAGCAUAUCGGAAUCUCAGCUUUCCUCUGUUUUCUAGAAACCAGCCAUAUGUACAGUUCAGACUUCACGCUCUGUUGAAAAUAAUGUCAGAUACACAUGUUAAAGAGCAUUGUACAAACUUGAAAAUGCAACAUUUACUCACUGUAGAGUGCAAAAAAAAAUAAUCCUAGGACGCAUGCUGACCGCAGUAGACAAACACGCUGGACUUUAUAUGGAAUAAUAUGGGAUGAAUAAGCUCUAACCUGCAACAGGGGUGAAGGCUGUUUGCAUACUUUAAAGGCCCGGUCACACCAGCAUUUAUAAUGGCGAAGUUUUGGCAGCAGAAUGUUGGAAGCUAUCGUAGCUUAUAAGCUAUGUUGUUCCAUACAAUUUUCAAUUUAAGCGCCUCUACUGGAGCGUUAACAUCUCCACAAAGGAGGCAUGGAUUGAUAGAUACGAGACAGGAGUUGAUGUAUACAAAAAUAUCUUUUGAAUUAUCUGUGUGUUAGCAAACUGGCCAACGAGCUACUGAACUGACUGUUCACAAGCUAGCCAGCUAGCUAGCUUGAAUAGUUUUUUGUCCCUCUUCUUAAAUGAAAUCCUGAGAAUAAAAUGCCAGGGGGGAGUUAACUGUCCAAUACAGAGAAAACUGUCCAAUACAGAGAAAAUACAAAGAAACGCUGAGGGUUAUUGUGACUAACUAGCGCUAGCGUGUUGGCCAUCAGGUCAGCAAGCCUCAAAACACCGCCCAUUCUGCGAAAACGUGCGGAUGAAUUUCAUUGUGUUACUUCCUGGUGUGACCGGGCUAAGGGAGGGAAUCAAUUACAAAAUGUGUUGCGUUCAAAUCAUCAGUUUUAGAGUAUCAUAUUUUAAUGUACUGUGUGAAACCAGCCAUAAAUGGUAGCCAUCAUACAUCUGUUUCCACUGGUAGGAUUUGAAUUCAGUGGCCAAUGCAUUGUAAUGGCUUUAAUGUUCAGAAAACAUCUGAAGGGUAACAGCAGUGGGACUUCACGGCAGACAGACCGCAGCGUCUGGGUAGAAACGCCAGGUUGGUCUCCACGCCGUCUUCAGUUGCCGACUGUCGACUGCAGCCUCUCAGCAGUUGGUCUUUAGCAGGUGUUAGCGAGCUGAUUCAUGGCUGCAUCAGAGCGUGCCAACAGGGCGUCCACACCUGGAAAAUAAUGGCUCUCUGCGGUCUCAUUUAAAACACGCAGACAGGGAGAAGCUGGAAGACGCCGGACUCGACUCCGCACUCCGUAUGGGUGCAGGUGCAUAAAAAUGGCAGCUCACUGGUGGAGUAGUCAGAGUAAUUUAUUUGAAAAAUUAAGAAGAAAUACAAGCUACACAUGUGGGAUGGUCCUAGGGACAAUUAAUGCUGUUGUUUUUGAAUACAUUUUUAUUAUGUUUAAUAUAUAUUAUGUUUAUAUUCAAUCCAAGAACUCCACAGCAAAAACUCUCCAUUUUAUCAAGCAGCUGUUGUCUAUAAUUGAGUCCUAAAACCUAGAGCUAGACUUAUAUAUCGGAUGAUAUUAACUUAUUGUAGAUAUAUAGAUUAUAUAAAUAUAAAUAAAAUUGCUUGUUUUUUCCGACCAUUACAGCGGGAUUUAUUUAGCCUGUUUCCAAUACAAAUCAGCUGUAUAGUCUCAAUUCAAGUAACAAUCAAGUUACUUGUUUCAUGAUAGAGACUCACAUUUCUGAUUUAGUUGGAUUAUAUUGGAAACACAAGGAAAAAUAUGGCUUUUAAGGACACAAUCAAACUGGUUGUGAUGGAGACUUUUUGCAGUGAGGCUGUCACGUUUGAUGCACAAAAUCCAAAGAAACGCAGUUAAAUCUUUCAGCUUCUUGAGUCAUGAAGGCAACAUUUUGACACAUCGGAAGUGGAGCGUUGCGUGGAUUCAGGUGCGUGUGAUGGAUGGUGACACUUCCAAUGCUGCUCUGUGCAGAAUUCAAAACAAAAUGUAUGAAAGUUAUGGAUGAGCUGGUUUCACAAACACCGUCAAUGUACCAGUUUGACACAUUCUUUACAUCAUAUGAAGUCCGUUGCAGUGAAAUAUAUGGACUAAAUCCUUCUGUUCUAACCCCUUGCAUAUCCGUAAUGUGCAAGCAGUUAUUUUUCAUCAUUGGUUUAUUGAGGAAAUCUUGUAUUUUGAACUUCCUUUUCUUUGGAGAUCAGAUCUUGUUCCUUCACUGAUGUGCAACCUGAACUUUGUUUGUACAAAUCAACUGAAUGUUGAUUUCCAUCAGUACAUAAAACACUUUUUUCCCUUUUAAACCACACACACAUAGUCCCAAUUUACCACUCAAAAUAAUGUUGUUUUUUUUAAACAAAAAGCUUUCUUUUGUAUGCCAUCAUAUACGACACCGAACGAGAUUGUGUUUUGAUGAUUUUUAAGUGCAAUAUAUUUAUUUUGCUCUCUGGAAAUAAUGUGUAAUGUACUAUGCCGCAUUUAAAAAAAAAAAUAGUUAUUUGUAAACCUUGAGAAAUAUAUAUCACCACCAAAACUCUUUGAGUUCUC